UCUCCCAGGAGGCCCAGUGUGGGCCGUGGUCCAGGUCCUUGCCAUGGAGUCCAUGUUUGAGGACGACAUCAGCAUCCUGACCCAGGAGGCCUUAGGACCCAGUGAGGUGUGGCUGGAUGGCCCUGGAGACCCCUCAUUAGGGGGAGACAUGUGCUCUGCCUCCCACUUUGCCCUCAUCACGGCCUACGGAGACAUCAAGGAGCGACUGGGAGGCCUGGAGAGGGAGAAUGCCACACUCCGACGCCGCCUCAAAGUCUAUGAGAUCAAGUACCCGCUGAUCAAUGAGUUUGGAGAGGAGCAUGGCUUCUCCCUGUAUGAAAUCAAGGAUGGCUCCCUGCUAGAGGUGGAGAAGGUCAGUCUGCAGCAGCGGUUCAACCAGUUCCAGCAUGAGUUGCAGAAGAACAAGGAGCAGGAAGAACAGCUCGGGGAAAUGAUUCAGGCUUACGAGAAACUCUGUGUGGAGAAGAGCGAUCUGGAGACAGAGCUGGGGGAGAUGCGGGCCCUGGUGGAGACCCACCUGCGGCAGAUCUGUGGUUUGGAACAGCAAUUGCGGCAACAACAGGGUCUCCGGGACACAGCCUUCCCCAGCCUGAGCCCUCCGCCACAGGCCCCUGUCCUGCCUUGCGCUGACCUGGACCUGCACUACCUGGCACUGAGAGGGGGAUCUGGCCUGAGUCACGCAGGUUGGCCUGGUCCCUCGCCAAGUGUGAGUGAGCUAGAGCGACGGCGUCUGGAAGAGGCUCUGGAAGCUGCCCAAGGAGAGGCUCGGGGGGCUCAGCUACGGGAGGAGCAGCUCCAGGCAGAAUGUGAGAGGCUCCAGGGGGAGCUGAAGCAGCUACAGGAGACCCGGGCCCAGGAUUUGGCCUCCAACCAGUCGGAGCGGGACAUGGCGUGGGUGAAAAGAGUUGGGGAUGAUCAGGUGAAUUUGGCACUGGCUUACACGGAGUUGACGGAGGAGCUGGGCCGGCUUCGCGAGUUGAGUUCUUUGCAGGGAAGGAUCUUGAGGACACUGCUGCAGGAGCAGGCCCGGAGUGCGGGCCAGAGGCACUCACCGCUGUCACAACGCCACUCCCCGGCCCCUCAGUGUCCCACCCCAUCCCCACCUGCCCGAGCGGCACCCCCUUGCCAAUCCCCAGUCCCCCAGCGCCGCUCCCCGGUGCCCCUGUGCCCCUCGCCCCAGCAGCGCAGGUCGCCUGCCUCGCCCUCCUGCCCAUCACCCGUCCCGCAGCGCCGCUCCCCGGUGCCGCCAGCCUGUCAGACUCCCAGCCCACAGCGCCGCUCCCCAGUACCCUCUGCCUGCCCAGCCCCGCAGCCGCGGCCCCCGCCACCCGGGGAGAGGACGCUGGCCGAACGAGGCUACUCCAAGCCGCCCAGCCACCAUGUGAAGGCAGGUUUCCAGGGCCGGCGCAGCUACUCGGAGAUGGCGGAGGGCGCGGGCUACACGGGCGCCUCCCCACCUUGGCUGCAGGCUGAGGCUGCCACGCUUCCCAAGCCCCGGGCCUAUGGCGAGCUCUAUGGCCCUGGUCGGCCCCUCAGCCCACGGCGCGCCUUCGAGGGCAUCCGACUGCGCUUUGAGAAGCAGCCGUCGGAGGAGGAGGAGUGGGCUAUGCCCGCCAGCCCGCCCAGCCCGGAGGCGGGCACGAUCCGCUGCGCCUCUUUCUGUGCGGGCUUCCCUAUCCCCGAGUCACCGGCCGCCUACGCCCACGCGGAGCACGCGCAGUCCUGGCCAUCCAUCAACCUGCUGAUGGAGACAGUGGGCUCUGACAUCCGCAGCUGCCCACUCUGCCAACUGGGUUUCCCUGUCGGCUACCCGGAUGAUGCCCUCAUCAAACAUAUUGACUCUCACCUGGAGAACAGCAAGAUUUAG